CAGCAGCAGCAGCAGCAGCAGCAGUAGCAGCGGCAGCACGUGGCCGCGAGUUCGCGCCCGCGCAGAGCCGCCCUCCCUCGCUCGCGCCACCCUAUUGAUUCUCGCAAGUUUUUCUUUCGGUCCUUUCGCUCUCUUCCGCUAUACGCGCAGUGCACGCGCGCAAGCGCACGCCUCGCGGGCUGCUCUAUUGUAGUUGGCCGUCUCGCUCGCGCGGAUGCACACUCGGCUCGGCGAGCUCUCUUGCUCGGUUGGCCUCGCGGCGGAAAAACCCUGACGACGACGGGCCAGGCUCGAUGAACGAUCGCUCGCGUCGCGACGAAUCUUGAGGGACAGAGUGGCAGAGAAAGAGAGAGAGAGUGCCAGCUCUGCCGUGCUGACGACGUAGACUUGCAGCGAGCGAGAGCGAACCAGCAGCAGAGGGAAGAUGCCAGCGCCGACAUCAGCAGCGGAGGCGGCCGAGCCCGGCCCGCCCCGCACCGAGCUGCAGGAGCUCCAGUUCAAAGCUCAACAAGUUACCGAUGAGUCGCUCGAGAGCACCAGGCGCAUGCUGGCCCUAUGCGAGGAGAGCAAGGAGGCUGGCAUCCGCACUCUGGUCGCUCUUGAUGACCAGGGAGAGCAACUUGACCGGAUCGAGGAGGGCAUGGACCAGAUCAACGCCGACAUGAAGGAGGCUGAGAAGAACUUGACGGGCAUGGAAAAGUGCUGCGGGCUGUGCGUGCUGCCGUGCAACAAGGGCGCGAGCUUCAAGGAGGACGAGGGCACGUGGAAGGGCAACGACGAUGGCAAGGUGGUGAACAACCAGCCGCAGCGGGUCAUGGACGAGCGUAACGGCCUGGGCCCGCAGGGCGGCUACAUCGGCAAGAUCACCAACGACGCGCGCGAGACCGAGAUGGAGGACAACAUGGGCCAGGUCAACACGAUGAUCGGCAAUCUGAGGAACAUGGCCAUUGACAUGGGCAGCGAGCUCGAGAAUCAGAAUCGCCAGAUCGACAGGAUCAAUCGCAAGGGAGAGUCCAACGAGACAAGGAUACAAGUUGCCAACGAGCGAGCCCACCAGCUUCUUAAGUAAGCAGCGGCCACGACGAACAUCCACCUUCUGUCCUGCACGCAACACGAUACAGAUCUGUCGAGUCGGUUCGAGAAAACUGAUCGCAUCCUCAUCCUCCCCCUUGUAAUCGUCGUCAUUCGCCACUGCGUCAACCCACUCUCUGCCUCCUCUAUCUGUCCUGCUCCACAGCGACUCUUCUCUAGCGUCUGUCCCUAUUUAUUCUCCUCGAGCUUUUCCCUCGCUUUCUCUGUGACUUGACUCGGCUAGACCUGACCGGCAAUUCUCUCCCUCUCUCUCAUCUCGUAGAUUGGUACAUAUUCCUCAUCUCGUUCAUUCGGUAUUCCGUGAGUGAGCGACGGACACACAAUAAUUAACACAUAUCUCGAAAAAUUUCACACCGAGUCGAUUAACUGCGUUUACUUGCACUCUCCGUUUUUGUUAUUGUUCUUUCCGCGCGUCUACAACCCGUUCACGUUUAAUCGACGAUGAUCGAUGAAUCCAUCAACGUCUUUUUCAGCACUCUUGCUUCAAGCCCGUCCUUAUAGAUCGUUAUUUGCAUUGAAUGUCUUUCCUUUCUUCCUUUCUUCUUGUGCGUCUUGCGUAAAAAGGACGGACUUUGCUGCUUAAUUUUCUAUUAUACGCAGUUUGCCGAUAUCCUUAAUAAUAACGGCAACAGUACUGCUCCUCUUGAUCCUCUCUCUCUCUCUCUCUCUCUCUCUCUCUCUCUCUCUCGAUCGCUCUCUUUAGCGGGAGGGACGAUAUAUCCGUAAAACAAGCAAAUCUGCAAUGAACCAAACAAGUAAUUUAAAUCUACAUUUAGAGACUCAUCGGUCGAUUGAUAAUAACAAGGCAAGGACCGGGUCAGUUUUUACGUGCCUUUGAUCUGUAUCUCCUUCAUUGAUUUCACAUGCAUAUCGGAUUUAUCUGUGUAGCUCGUCGAAGUUACGCGAAGCAUUAUUUGUCGGCUUACUCUUCUCUAUUCCGCUUGAAUACGACUGUGCCCGAUGUACCGAUGCACUUGCCGAUAAAUCAUUAUUUUUUAUUUGCUUUCUCGGGACGUACGCUUAUCGAUAAACCGCGCCGUUAUCAGUCGUCGCUUGCACGUGCCAAUUGCGAAAGACAGGAGCCGCGGUCAUUACUUUCAUUUCAUAUUCAUUGGUCCGCUCGUACGUUCGUUCAUUCAUUCGAUUAUUUAUUGCUCUAGAAUGCGUAAAAUCGCGUUUGUUUUUCUGCAUCGAUGUCCGAUGAGGUUUCUGUCUCAUUGUAUACGCGCGUGUUUGCGCAUCGCAUUGCUGAAGGGAGUUAGAGAACAAAAGAAGCGCAUAACUAAGAAAAUUGUUGACUUGGCUUCGAGCGUUCGGUGUUGCUAUAUGCUUUUUGUACGGUUUAACGCGAUUAAAACGAACCAAGUAAUGUAAAAUCCACAUGUCCCGUAGCGACGCAAUGAACCAGCAAGCGUUUGCCGAAUGGCGGAGGGUUACAAUAACAAUUGUUAUAGUUAUAUUAAGCAUCUUCUAAUUAUCAGUAACCAUUAAUAAUAUUCUUAGCGUCGACGCAUCUUAUAUAAUAUAGGAACCAAGAGUUCUUGUAUCAAGUGUUGAAAAAUAUGGCGCAAAACUUUAUUAAAGAUUAUAUAGUUAGUUUAAAGUGACAACAAUAACACAACGAUCUUCUAAAGUAUAAAUUUAAUUAAGAAAAUUUAUUGAAACUGAGAGAGACGACGACGCAGUGCUUAAUGAUAUAAAUCUAUUUAUUAUUUGAGCGCAUUUCUAUGAGAUUUUCGGACGAAAAGGGACCGCAGAUUAGAUUCUGGCGAUUUCUCUGAAAACCAAGUCUACAUAAUUAAGGCUGCAGACAAAUAUCUGCAUGAGCACUGAUACGCCAUAGGUCGCGUAGAGUAGGUGAUAAAUUAGAUUAGCUGGCGAUAGUUAUUUGAAAAUUUGAAAAACUUUAUUUAUACUCAAUGAACCGAGAGGCAAACACGUUGAGGGGAACGCGUCCGACUUUCGGACACGAACAAUCGAAGAAACAAAAAGAUGAGAGGAACAAAGUGUAGAGAAGCAUGAAAGCGAGACAAGGAGAGAGAGAGAGAGAAUGUAAAGGGAGCCGAGAGCUGAUAUACACAUAGCAGCAGAACUUAGAAAAUAGAUACAAGAUUAAUUGUUGAUAACAAUUGCAAACAUCAGAUUUCACAUUAAAUCAGUUUAGAUCUCGAUGGACGUGAGAAACGGUUUUAUAGCGAGACCCAACUCGUAAGAUCAUACUAAAUCCGACUAUCAGUGUAAGUUUGCCGGAAUAUACGUAAGCAAGAGCCACGCUGGGUCACACUGUAACGGCAAUAGAGCAAAUUGUGACCAAGAGGACGACGACUUGUGCAUUUACAAUUAACCAAAAAAAAGUGUGACGCACGUAAAAAAAACCUGUACAUUAUUGUAUUUACGCAGAGGCUUGUAAAUGUAUUGUAGAGAAAUACAAAAAAUUAUACUAGAGCUGAUGAUACCGCGAAAAAGAAAGUAUGAGAGGAUGAUGAAAGAUAUACCUAUGCGCGUACUAGUAUGUCUAUAUAUGUAUGAGCUGGAUCUAUAAAUAUAUAUAUGUAAAAAAAACAAAUAAAAAUUUUGUCACACCGAGUGCAAGCGUUUUGAGAGUGUUUUAAUGUAAAAAUGAAGUGCUGGACGACAAGCAAUAUCCAAGAAGACAGAACAAAAAAAAUCAUGAGAACGCAAGCUUCUUUGGGGGAACUUCGCAGACACACACGUAAACACACGUAUACACACACACACACACACACACGCGCGCGCGCGCGUCUACUUUCCCUUUUUUACUUUUUUAAUGCAGUUUACUGCGAGAUUCUCUGCUAACAGAAGAAAAGAUCGUAAGCCGUCCUUCGGUGUGCUAUUUAAUUCUUCGUUAAAUAUCAUCUUUUGAACGAUCGAUCGACGCUUAAUUAACACGCGCGAUUACUUAUUGUAUAUAUUAUAUUUUUCCAGCAUAGUUUAUGAGUUGAAGGCAAUGUCAGUAAUAGAAAAAAAAGCCUUUGCAUAAAGCUUGGCAGCAGUCGCUUAAAUCCUUGUUUCACUCACAAUUGUAUACAAUCACUUAUCAGGCCUAUUCGACAACUACAUAACCACGCGUUCCCUUUGAAAUUGUACUCGGCUCGAUGCGAAAGAGUGCGUUCGAGUAUUUUUACACAGCGUGCGACGACGAUGUCUGCGUUUCAAUUAUCGGAAAGCAAUUUUUACGGCAGAGCGUAUCGUGCAUAUCAAUAUGUAGAAGGAACACGGAAUGGCUGCGAUUCGAAAACACUGCUAGAAAAAAAGUGCGCUAUCGAUGCGUUAGACUGGAUUCGCGAGGCGCGCUAGGUGGGAGCAGCAAUAUGUAUAUUUGAAAUCUGCAUGUAGCAAUGAGAUUUGACGUAUUAGAAUGAAAAUGCGCGUUCCAGCGACGUCGUGUUAAUCGAUUGAUCGAUCAGCCGAGAAGAAUGAUUUAAAGUGUGAACAAAAAAUAAUCGAAUGCCUGGUCAAUAAUUUGAUAGAGUUGAUGCGGCUCAAAGUGAUAUCUCGAAUCUGCUGUUUGAAUCGCAAGUGCGUAAGCAUUCGAACGUGAAAAAUGAAAACAAAUUCUUCAAAUUUUCUAUUGACGACUACGACAUUAGAUUUUGAUUGUUAAUAAAUUUUUCGUAGAAUUUGCUAUGUACUUUACAUUUAUCAAGUUUUUCAACUAUAAUGCAAUGCUAUUUUCUUAUGAAACAGAAAAAGAACGUUGUACGUAAAUAUGUGCGUAUAUAUGUGUAACCGUUGAAUACGCAUAUAGUUAUACUUCUAUUGCAACAACUAACUGUUAAAUUAUAUUUAUAGAUGUUAUUAUUUCUUCCAUUAAUCGCUUGUUAUAAACUUAUUGAUGAAGAAAAUUGAUAUUUAUGACUGUUAUUAUGCUAUUCUCAUACGCCUACUGUUGCUAGAUUAGCAGUGAGAUUUGAUUAUGGAAAAUAGUAAGCGUUAUUUCUCGUAUUCGUAUUACAUUAUAUACAAAUAUAUUUUAGCCUUAUAAAUGUAUCUAGUUCAAGAAAAAAAUACGACGAAACGUACAAAAAAAAAUAAUAAAAGACGAAAACGUUGAAAAAAAA